AUGCGCUACUGUUGCUGCUACUGUAAUUGUACUGCGCUGAAAGGAGAUCCAAUGGUAUCUUUAGACAUUACUUUAGCUCAAACCAUUGCCCUGACCGAAAAAUCUCCGCCCAAGCCUGGAGGUCAGAGUCUGUUCUUCCGUCUUAAGACGAAGGCAAUGCGCAUGAUUAGCUCGGCAUUCUGCCCGCCCAAGAGCAAGAUAACCUCAUACCAGUUAUAG